AUGAAUAAAACCGAACACCAAAAAGAACUCUUAAAGAAAAUCCAGCCCGGAGUUAAACCUAGUGAUUUAAAGAAAACCCGCACCAAAACCAAGCCUAAGGAAGUUUUACCACCGCCUAUUGUCCAAGACGAAGGAUACGGAAGUGAUACCCCUUCAAAGCCAACUAAACCAGAAAGGGUUCCUAGCAUACCUACUCCCCCACCUUUGCCUAACAGCUCAAUCCUCGCCCUCCAAAAACAAAUUGAACUUCACCGCGAAAUCAAAAAAGCUGAUGAAAAGAAAAAACAAGAAUUAGCCGAGCAAGUAAAAAGCUUGGAAAAGAAAAUCCAAACUAUUAUCAAACUAGCCGGGGAAGAGAAAAAGGAAUAUGAGAAAACUAUUGAAGAGUUAAAAAAGCCCACUAAAACCCCAAUAAAUACCCCGCCAAACUUAAAAACCUUCCUCUGCUCCGAUUGCCAACAAACUAAACCGCAUCCAGAACUAAGCCGCCAAUUCGGUAAGUUCUCUUUUUGUCUGGCUUGCUCCAAAAAAGCCCGUGUCCAAGCUCAGCAAGAAAAAACCAAACCCCAACCCUCAGACUUUACCUGCCACACUUGCCAGCAAACUAAAAACGAAAUACCAAACAAAAUGAAACUAGAUAAAACCCUUCAAGCCUACCUCAUUUGUUCCGCUUGUAAACCAACCCUUAAAGAAUUCAACGAAGCCGACCUAAUCACCGACGAUUUAUGA